ACUGUACUACGAGGAAAACUUUUCUUUAAGUCUCAUGAUAUUGACGUCACCAGGAAUGCGGGACACAGAAGAAUUGACCUGGAUACUGGAAAAGCUACAAGCGACAAAAUGUCUAUUCUAUUCUGUUGCUGUCCCUUUCUCGCUCCCUCUGAGAACAACAAUGAGAGGCAGGCCCUGCUUCAGCCCAGCACUACUCCCAGAAAUCAAGAAGAUGUCAAACCAGAGUCAGCUCGACAGAUUCGGCCAGCACACUGUGACACACAAACCCAGAGUCGGAGCGGUAGGUUGGCGCUACGGCUGGUGUGUGUUCAGGAGCUGGACCAGAGAUUCUCUGACACUGCGGAGACCUUUAACGAGCAACAGGAGCGCUUUGAGGUCAUGACUCAACACAUCAUCAAACUGCGACAGGCCUUUGGCUGUAACCAUGACAACUCCCUGUCUCUGACAGAAUGCGUGAAGAGGAUCAUAGAGGAAAAUAACAGAUACAGGAUUACUGUACAAAUAAAGGGGUAUGACUUCUCCCUCACUGUGGUUCCUCUGAGUUCAGAGACUGAACCAGAUUUGUCACUGCCUCCUCGUCUGCGAUUGGCUCAAGAGGUGCUGAAGGGGGUAUCCAAAAGUGCCAAAGCAACAGUGGCUUCUGGAACCAAACUUAAGGAGCUGACUGGCUGGCUGCUGCGUAGUGAGGAGCGAAUGGCGGAGCAGGUGAGGCAAGCAGCACCAACCUAUCAGGAGCAGUGUCGUCUGGAAGAGAACCUGAAGGAGACCAUGCAAGAAGUGAGGAGGGCAAAAGAGCUGUCGCUAGGAUACAGAAAACAGGCUGGAGAGGUCCUUUCUGAGGCCGCUCAGAUAGCAGGGGCUAGCACCUAGGCCCUCACACACAUUCACACACACACACACACACACACACACACACACACACACACACACACACACACACACACACACACACUAAUGUGGCUCAAUCUAAUAUAGAUGUGUGUACAUGGAUUACAAGGACAGAUUCUGUCUUAAGUUAUUGAUUAACAUCAAAAACAUAAAUUAACAGUGUAAAACAUAGAUUAAAAAACUGCAACUUUUUUCAGUUGAAUAGCACAGCUUGCACAUUGAGUCACACGUGACACUGGAUUUUACUUUACAUUUUUGGAGUUUUAAUUUUUUUACUACUAUUUUACAUUUUUGUCACUUUUUUUUAUUAAUUACUAAUUAAGAACAGUGUUGUUCUUUUGUUAACCUUUUAAGAUAAUUAAGUAUGCAGCCCCCUUCCUGUUCAGGAAACCUACUGCGUGUGAAGCUGCUGAUUUGUCUCUACGUGAGUUGAAGGAUUAAUGUCUGAGUAAUAAAGGUUAAUUCCGCUCCAUU